GAAAAUAAUUCUACAUGAGGAAUAUCUGGGGUUUAAUUUGUGUCUGCCUUUCUCUUACGCUACCUCUGUGUUUUCGAUGGCUUAGUGAUCCAGAUCUCCCUCCUUGUUUCGGAGGAUAUGUUCAUCCAGCCUUUCAAAAGGUCUACGAUGUAUUCAGGCAAAACAUCGAGACAAAAAAAGAGAAGGGGGCCUGUUUUUCUGCCUACUACAAGGGUGAGUUAGUGGUGGAUCUGUGGGGCGGAUACUCGGACAUUGAGGCUGGACGGCCCUGGCAAAAUGACACCUUGUCCAUCAUGUUCUCUACAACUAAAGGAGUCACCGCUGUCAUUGUGGCGUUCUUCGUACAAAAGGGCUACCUGGACUACAAGAAGCGUGUAUCCUAUUACUGGCCGGAGUUUGGGAAAAACGGCAAGGAGAAUAUAACUGUAGAAAUGUUACUAAGUCACCAGGCUGGUUUAUCUAUUACUAACGGUACUAUUGACAUCAGACUCCUCAGAACAAACCCAAGAAAGGUGGAAGAGUUUUUAGAGAACCAGAGACCGAUUUGGAAACCAGGCACUGCUUAUUCAUACCAUGUGAUAACAUUUGGAAUGUACGUUGACGUGUUGUUGAGAAGGGCGGAUCCAAAACAGAGAAAUAUCGAUCAGAUCUUCAGAGAGGAAAUAGCUCUGCCCUUUGAUAUUGACAUCCACUAUGGACUCCCAAGAAGUGAGCUGUACCGUAAUUCUCGGUUUGUUCCUCUGACUCUGACCAAUCUUAUAAAACAUACACUACGAUCCCUCAGCCUCCAUCAACUUAAAAUCUUCUUCACUCUCCUGAACCCGCGGUCGAUGUUUAUGAAGGCCAGCUAUUCCGGAUUUAAUCAGGAACUCACGUUUGCUGCCUACAACAAUCCAGAUUUAAAUCAAAUUCCUAUGACGUCAUUCCUGGGAUUUGGUAGUUCUCGAUCAUUGGCGAAACUUUGGGGAAUUUUAGCCAGUGGAGGGACCUAUAAGAACAAUACCAUCCUAAACCCCUCUACGAUUAACACGCUGGGAACCCCAGUAACAAGUGGUCGAAGUGAGGACGGACUUUUUGACGUGGCGGUAGGACGGGGGGUUUUCUUCUUACCAACUCCUCAGGGACACGUAUCGUUUGGACACCCUGGUUAUGGUGGACAAGCCGCUUAUGCAGACGUCAAAAAUAACGUCGGGAUCGGCUAUCUCACAAGCUACCUUAAGUCUUUCACGCUCGGAGACGACGUACAAUUUCUACAGUACGAAGCAGCUUUCUACGAAUGUCUGGAAAAAUAUAUGAAAGAAACCACUUCACUAAAAAGUUGCAGUUCGCAAGAAGAAAAAGAAAAGAUUACAUGAAUCACUGUUGACGUUUUAGUUCGAAGAUUCAAAUUCCUCUGAUGAAAAUUUAUAAUAUACCUCAAUUAAAGCUGUAUAGUAUAAGCUGCGCAACGUAAAAGCCUUUGGGUACAAAAAAAGGGUACAUAUAAAAAUUUAAGUUUAAUUAUACGACUGCUUCAUUGCAUACUCACACCAGACGAAAACAGCAUUGGUGAGACCUGUAUACUGAAAUUUUCAAUGUAUAAUACUAUGCUCUCGAUCUGUGAUAUAUGUUUAUAUGUGCAAUACUUUAAAGCUAUAUUUAUAUGCCAUACUUAA